GUAAGUACCUGCAGAUCUUAAUAAGAUCUUGGAAAUCAUAUAUCCUUUAUGUAGACCCUUCAAUUCCCCUCAUGCCAUUCAAAUGGCCAAGCAACGAGUGGAAAAGGAAUACUCUGUGGUCGGCACUUGGGAGGAGAAAAACAUAACUCUCACUGUCUUUGAGAAAUAUAUACCCAAAUACUUUAAUCAUGCUCGAUUUUUGUACAAGUUGCACAGCCAAAGUAUUCGUAAUAGGAAUCGCAAUAAUCGCAAGCCCCAUAUAGAUCGAGAUGUUAGGGAAAUGGUGAGAAGGAACUUUACGAAUGAAUACGAGUUCUACUAUUUCUGCAAACAGCGUCUAUAUAAGCAAUAUCUAGCCCUGCAACUAGAAAAUAAUCUUAAAUAAAGAUAUAUAACAGCUGUAUUUAUGACCAAAGGAUUUUUACAAAUGGUUCCUAAUAAAAG